AUGAAUCGUGGCGGACUGACAUCGCAAAGCGAGCCAGAUCCGUCAACGAGCCAGAACGUGGGUCGGGCGGCACAGUAUGCUGCUGGAGGGGCCUCAUCUUCAAAUAUUGUCAUUGGUUCCAAUACAGGAGACGCCGCCGUGUCUCAAAAGCACGGCAAAACACAUCGCAGCAACCCGAGAAAGGCCAGGGAGCUAGGUGACAAAGUGCUAGAGCCUUUCAACCUAUUUGGCAAAGACGUGGGCUUACAAACACGUAUUCACAUCUACAACGCAUCGUACUGGAGUCGUUAUCCGGGUUACCAAGGGGCAAGAUUUCUACCAAGAGAUAAUGUUGUCCAGAUUGUUUCUGAAGGGACUGUCAGAAAGGUACUGACUAAAUGCGACAAGUACAAGAAAUACCCCCAAAUGCGACCCCUGCGCGACUCUACGGCCGAUAUUGAGCGCGACGUCACAAGCAUCUGCGACGCACCAGACGGCAAAUCAUAUCGCAAGUUAUUCAUUAUCCUUGUUCUGCUCAAGAAGGCCUCAGUAGUUGCAUGGUUUAUACACCGCGGAAUAUGUGACGAUAACCUUCCUUUACUCCACGACCCUGAAACAGAUACCCUAAAGUGGACGGGGAUGCGAAGUAGUGACCACCAAUUUCCAACAGGAGGGCUUAAGCCCAGCUUUUUUGUCAAGUUCAUGGAACAGCAGUGGUUGGUCUUGGUACCGUGCUUCUCCUCGGAGAAAGAAAAUGACCCCCAAAGAUUGAUGGAUGAACAAGUUCCACCUUUCACGUCUUGGAAACUAAUCCGCCGAGGGGGGCAGGGCGAGGUAUUUGAGGUUCGCAUACAUCCCAAUCAACAUGGCUUCAAGGGGACGAAGGUCUUCGCUAUCAAGCGAAUUGAAGAAUUCCGGCGAAAACGGCCUACCAAUCCAAAAAGAGAACACGCCAUUCUAAACAAGUUUAAGAAUAACAGACACGACCAUAUGAUUUCCAUUCUUACGGCGUAUAUACAGAACGGAGUUUAUCACCUCAUCUUCCCACGCGCGCAUGGUGAUUUACUAGAAUAUUGGAAGUCAGUGAAUCCAAAGCCAUCAGAGGUUGAAAGUGAUGACAAUCUCUCCUGGUUGUCAACUCAAUGCCAGGGUCUUGCAGAAGCUCUGGGCUCCAUUCACCGCUACGAAACAAACUCUUUUAAAUAUUUGCUCGAUCCUGACUCGUUACAAGCGGCGGAACAAAACCUCACGGGGGAGAGUCCAGGCAGACUUCGUCUUUUUGGUCGGCAUGGCGAUAUCAAACCGGAGAAUAUACUAUAUUACCCCAGACAGGAAGGAGACUUGAGAGGUCGACUCGUGAUCGCUGACUUCGGAUGCGCCGCAUUCAGUACGAAAGAGGAGGUCGAUCGCCACAAGCGACAACGGAUUCCUAACACAUCAGCGUACCGAGCACCUGAGACCGCGCUUUCUUUGGACGACAGUUCAAUCUCACCUUCUUAUGAUAUUUGGACUCUCGGUUGUGUUUAUUUGGAGUUUCUGAUAUGGUGGUCCGGCGGUUGGGCGUUUGUGAAACAAUUCACGGACGAACGUUUGGCCCAAGAUCCUUCUUUCUACCACAUGUCGAAAGAAUAUAACCUGAGGACCGACUUCUUUUUCACCGUUACAGAAGAGAAUGGAAAGAGGACUGCUGAAGUGCGGGAAAGUGUGAACAGAUUCAUGGACAAACUCGCUUCUCAUAACAAGGCCAACGAGCUCAGUAGCGAAUUUUUGAAAUUGAUCCGGACAAAGAUGUUGGUGGUUGAGACAUUGAAUGGGAAAGGUACAAAAAAUGGGCGGGCGAGUGCUAUGAAUAUAGCAAGUAAUCCGCCGUAUCCUCUGCAACGACGAAAUCUCUCAGCCCAACGAGACAACAUGGAAGGCAUAACGUACCAACCACGAACAGCUGCGACACGGGCGACCUUCGACUCAAUCAUCACUAUAGUAGCCAAUGGCCUUGGCGAUGUCCCACACGAGGUUAUGUGCAUUACGGCCGAUGCUGUCUUGGAUUAUUUGAAAGAUGAUAAUAUGAAGGGCUUGGAUAAGAAACAAGAAGUCGACGAUAUUCUUGGGGUGAUAUUAAGUCCUAAGCAGUGGAAUAAGCUUAUGGCACUCGGCAAGAAGAUCAUAGAUUAUGAUGACCAGGAUGACGACGAGAACAAUUCCACUGCUUGA